UUGCUUGGAAAUUAAGCUAAAUCUCCUCCUUCAACCCUCUUGCCUAUAACUCCAUGUUAUAUAAAACCCUCUCGUCGGAAAAUUUAUCGGCGUUUCGUUUACUCGCUUGCAAUUUCUAUACAGAAUUUCUAAUCGUUGAAUCGCGAGAGCUUGUUUCUGCUCUCCAAUCGAAAAUCUAAUGAGCUUUUGCUGAUCGGGAAAAUGGCGGAGGAGAUCGCCGCUCUCGUCACGGCGCUGUCGUCCGAUGACUUCGCCGAAAAGCUUCGUUCUGAUCCAUCAGCACAUGAGCUUAGGCUAGGGUUUCAGAAGCUCUACUCAAUUGUGAAGCAAUCAGUGAAACCACUGGAUUGUGAUAGCGGCGGCGAUGAUGGGAAUGCCAGCGGUAAGUUAGGAUUGGAGGUCUGGGACCGGGCUCAGGUUCAUGCCAUCGCUUGUGUAUUGAUCGCGGUUGUUAAAUCCGUCCGGUCGGUGUCAAUUGAGCGAAUGGAGCCUGUGGUUGUGGCGGUGGUCCAGCAGUCAAUAGAAUUUUCUUUGUGUUAUUUGGAAAAAUGGAUUGGGAAAGCUGAUGAUUCAAACAUGCAGAAUAUCAUGUUGCAGUUAUUAGAGCUGUUGCUAGUUGAUGGCGUGGAUAAAGAGUUGGAUACUUCACAAUCCUGUCCUUCUGUUCCAAUUGAUAUGUUGCCUACUGUUGUUGAUAAUGAUGAUCCUCUUCAGUGGCAGGAACAUGUUAGGUGCAUGCUUCAAGGGUCCAUGUGUCGUCAGGAAAAGGAAGCAGAAAAGCAACUGUUAAUGGCAUUGGUGUCUGAAUGUGCUCAAGUCAAUAUUGUUAAUCCGGUUAUGGUUGGACAGCCUUUUCCAUCCAAUGCCAAUAAAGUGAACAAUAUUUUUCAUCACUGGGCCAUUGCUCAUCUGAGAUGUCUCCAUCGCCUUACCUUCCUCUGCAAGAUGCUUAUAGAACCCCCAGUAUCAUGUGAUGAGAAGCAAGUUUGUUUCAAUUUGCGAAGAAGAUUAUCUACUUGUCUGAGAAUAUUCAAGAUGCUUGGAAGUAUCACAAAAGAUAAUUCUUAUAUUGACUCUGACAAUAUGUUCUUGCAAACUGCUGCAUCCUUCAUAGACUCCUUGCCUUGCUUGUUCAAAGCUGGCGUAGAGUUUGCAAACAAUAACACUGUUGUUGAAAGUAGUUACGAGACACUAGCCGUGCACUUGUUGGAAGAAUUUCUUCAAUUCAUGCAAACAAAUUUUGGCACUACUUAUGUGUAUCAGAAUAUCCAGGCCUGUGCUGCUGCUUCUAUAUUGCACAGUUUGGAUUCCUCUGUCUGGAGGUCCAAUAAGUCCGCUGCCACCGAUAAACCCCCUUUGGCUUACUUCCCUAGGGUGGUAAGUUUUGUUCUGAAACUCGUAUUGGAUAUCAAGGACCAGGCACAUCGUAUGAUUGAGUUGGAUAAUAUGAAUACUUGGCACACAUAUAGUCACGUGGAGCAUGGUCCUCCUUCAUGUUUUGUCUCUGGUGAGAAAAUGUAUUUGUUGAAGAAGAAUACUAUGGAGGAGUUAUGUGGAAUAAUAUUCCCAUCAUCAGUUCAGUGGCUGGAUAAUCUGAUGCAUCUUGUUACUUUCUUGCAUUCAGAAGGCAUUAAAUUAAGGCCAGUGUUGGAAAGAUCAUUUUCUACUGGUGCGAAGGGAUCUGUUACAUCUGAAGUGGAAGGUGUUGUUUGUCAUGAAGAUGAAGCACUUUUUGGUGACCUUUUUUCUGAGGGUAGUAGAUCUGCUGAUGGUUGUGAACAAUCGAAUGUUGCCACUAAUUCUAUUUCAAGCUACAGCAACAUGCCAUUUCAUGCAGCAACUGAAUUAAUCAGUUUUCUGAAAACUUGUAUUUUUUCUCCUCAAUGGAAUCUGCCGAUGUAUGAAGAUGCUUGUAAGAAACUAACUAGCAACCAUAUUGAUGUGUUGCUUUCAAUACUCAACUUUCACGGUUGCUUUCCUGAGGACUUGACUGGUGAAAAUACGCUGCAGAAAGAAAGGAAGUUUGGACAAGUGCAUCAACUUUGCUUUGAACUAUUUCAAAAACUUGUGUUGCUCCGAGCCAUCCCUAGACAUCUUGAAGAUUUGAUUGUUGAUAAGAUACUGUCAGUGGAGAAUGGCAAAUACACAUACAAUGAUCAAAUGCUUGCUUUGCUUGCCCAUAUACUUGUGUGCAGAGCUGGUUUGGAUGGUUCUAGCUUGAGAACCAAAAUCUAUCAGACGUUUAUAAAGUUUAUCCAUCAGAAGGCUAAAUCAGUCUGUUCAAUAGGUCAUGAUCUGGAGGAGAUUGCUGAAACUCUUCCCUCCCUGUUCCACAUCGAGAUUCUCUUAAUAGCUUUUCAUUAUUCAUCUGAAGAUGAGAAAAGUUUGAUGGCAAGUAAAAUAUUGUCAUCGAUCGUGUCCAUUGAGAUGCCUUCUUUGAGUUCCAACAGCAAGCAGUUGUCAUGCUGGGCACUACUGAUUUCGAGGCUGAUUUUGAUACUACGACACAUGAUAUAUAACCCUCAUGCUUGCCCACCUCUGCUGCUUUUGGACUUCAGAACCGAAUUCAGGGAUGUCCGGGAGCUUCAGGUUUCUAGUUCUCCCAGUUACCUGAUUUCUUGGCCAUCAAUUGUGCUACAGGAUGCAAUCACUUCCAAAGGAACUCCAGUAAAUGUAACUUUGCUUAAGAAUUUGAUUGACAUUGCUCCUCUUCCAGCAUCUCUAUGUAGGGAUUAUGAUGAAGUUGAUUGCCUAGGCUUGAAUUGGGAGGAGAUAUGCACCUCCUUUUUGAAAAUUUUGGGAUUUUGGGCUGGUAAAAAAGCUUCUGAUGCAGAUGACCUGAUUCUUGAGCGAUAUAUCUUUGUUCUUUGCUGGGAUAUAUCCAUUGAAAGAUCAUUUCAACACUCAAACGUCCUCUUUAGUGAUCCCAAAGCCCCUGAAGUUUCAAAUAUGAAGAGGUUUCUUUAUAUUAGUCAUUUUAUGCUAAGUCAUCAUGUCACUGCCAAUGAAUCUGGGAGCAUUCCGGAUUUCCUGUUGAGUUUACUUCAGCAAUUAUCUGGUUCACUUGCAUGUGAAAAUGUUGGGGAACCAGGGUGGGAUUUCUUCAGAUGUGGAUCCUGGCUUUCCUUUUUGCUCUCUGUACUUGGUACAGGCGCCCAGGGGUACACCAAUAAAGAUUUUCUUGCAGUAAGUGGACCAAAAUGGCUGGGUUCUGCUGGGGAUACUGAAUUUCUGAAGUUGACCAGAGAUCUUGUUUACAACUCUUUCAAUGCUGAUCAAAUUGCCAAGCUCAUCCAAUUAUUGUCAUCCUUGCUAAAGAAAUAUGUGUGGAUUUACCAAACAGCAUUAGCUUCAAUGUUUGACAAUGGAUGCAAGUCAUCUGGAAAAAUCCUUCCCCUGAUGUUUCUGGAAUCCACUGAUUUAGAUAAUACUAUGCAAGAUGAGUUCACAGAGAAGAUGGGGGUUAGACCUUCCAUGCUUAGCUCUCUUUAUGAGCUUCCAUUGAAGCUGAAUAGAAUUGUGGAGGAACUUUCUCUGGGAAUUCGAUGCAAGGUUUUUUGGGAGCUCGUGUUGCAUGGAUUUCCUCUUCGUAUUCAAUUUGCAAAUGAAAUUUUGUCAUCUUGUAUUCUCAAUAUGAAGGGACUUGUUUGUUGUCUUGGUGGAUUGCUUGAGUUAAAAGAUUCUAGAGGGAUCAAUGGGAGAGAAAAAGAUGUUAGCUCUGAGAUACUUGAAUCAAUCUUGGUAAUGAAGUGUGAUAAGGUCUUUGAAAGUCUUGAGGGGCAAUGUGAAGUUAUAUGCCAGAGGUUGAAAAUGGGGACUGAAGGACCUGCUUGUAGAAGCUUAUUCAUUAUGAAGCGUAUGGAAGAAUUUCUCCAAACUGUUAAGGAAGGAAACAAUGUUGAUAGGAGCAUACAUGAAGUUGUUGCUCUGAAAAUGGUGGAUCUAGCAAGCUGCCUCAAGGAAGAUCCUUCAAGAAAUGUCAUUUUGAAAUUUUUUCUCUCAAUGGAGGAUAUUUCUGAUGAGUUUACGAGUUUAUGUGGUUCCCAGAGGGGUGAUAUUUUAGUUCUCAUUGAUUCUCUGGAUUACAGCAGUUCUGAAUCAGUUAAUGUGAAGGUUCUGAACUUCUUUGCAGAUCUUUCACUUGCUGACUAUCCUGAGGUUAAAAUAAAGUUAUUUAAGAAGUUUCUUCGCAUGGAUUUGAUUUCCCUAUCGAAAUGGCUGGAAACAAGGUUGUUGGGAUCUGUAACCGAGAAGACACCAAGUGGUAGUUCUAUAGGAGCUUCAGCUUCCAUAAGAGAGGCCACCAUGAAUUUUCUUACAUCUCUUUUGAUGCCUGCUUCUGAGUCCCAGUUGCAGGAACUGAUUUUUUAUUUUCAUGAGGCCCUGCUACUUUCCCUUGAUAAUGCAUUUUCACUGUUUGAUUUCACUAUAGCCAAAGCUUACUACAACUACAUAGUUCAGCUGUCUAAAGGGGAAGCGUUAAUCAAGCCGCUACUGGAGAGGACUUUCUCAGUGAUAGAGAAGCUGGCUGGUGAUGAGCGCUUGCUUCAAGGACUGAAGUUUCUUUUGGGCUUCCUUUCAAGAACUGUGGGUGAUUGCGCAUCUCCUGGGUACACCAUUGAAAGGUCAUCUGGGAAGAGUUUGUCCAGCUGCAGUUCUGGUUUAGGUUCAUUUUCUUCUAGAACUCUUGGUUCAAGAAAAAAUGCUGAUGAUCUGCUUCCAUCUGCUAACCGUGGUUCUGCAUCUGUUGACUGUGAUGCAACUUCUGCUGAUGAUGAUGAAGAUGAUGGAACAUCUGAUGGUGAGCUAGGUAGUAUUGAUAAGGAUGAAGAUGAGGAUAGCAACAGUGAGAGGGCAUUGGCAUCCAAAGUUUGCACCUUUACCUCUAGUGGCAGCAAUUUUAUGGAACAGCACUGGUAUUUCUGUUACACCUGUGACUUAACUGUCUCCAAAGGGUGUUGCUCAGUUUGUGCAAAAGUUUGCCAUCGUGGUCAUCGUGUUGUGUACUCCCGUUCUAGUCGUUUUUUCUGUGACUGUGGAGCAGGAGGUGUUCGAGGUAGCAGUUGUCAGUGCUUGAAACCUCGAAAAUUUACUGGAAGCAAUAAUGUGCCCACUCGUGGGACAGGAAACUUCCAAUCUUUUAUCUCCCUUCCAGAGAAUGCUGAUCAGUUGCCGGAUAGUGAUUCAGAUGUUGAGGAAGAUUCAACUGCAGACCCAGAUAAUUCAACGAGGUUAUCUCUUUCAAAAGAGGUCGAAGACAGGAUGCCAGGGUUGCUUAAUGAGCUGGAAGUUGAAGAUCGUAUAAUACGAGUCUGCUUGUCUUUGUUGCCUUCUAUCACUAGAAGAAGAGACUCCAGCAUGGUGAGAGAUAUGAAAGUUUCUCUGGACGAAGACAAAGUGCUUCACUACUGUAAUGAUCUUUUACAAUUGAAGAAGGCAUAUAAAAGUGGAUCAUUAGAUUUGAAGAUAAAGUCAGAUUAUUCAAAUACAAAAGAACUCAAAUCACAUUUAACAAGCGGAUCUCUUGCCAAAUCAUUACUUAGUGUUAGUGCCCGAGGUAGACUGGCAGUUGGGGAGGGUGAUAAGGUUGCCAUUUUUGAUGUGGGUCAACUAAUUGGUCAAGCAACUAUUGCUCCUGUCACUGCUGACAAAGCAAAUGUGAAGCCUCUUUCUAAGAAUGUUGUACGGUUUGAGAUUGUACAUCUCCUCUUUAAUUCACUUGUGGAGAAUUAUUUGGUUGUAGCUGGCUAUGAAGAUUGUCAGGUUCUUACUGUUAAUCAUCGAGGUGAGGUUAUCGAUCGAUUAGCGAUUGAACUUGCACUGCAAGGUGCAUAUAUCCGACGUGUAGAAUGGGUUCCAGGUUCUCAAGUCCAGCUAAUGGUGGUAACAAACAAGUUUGUGAAGAUAUAUGACCUAUCUCAAGACAACAUCAGUCCUUUGCACUACAUCACAUUGCCUGAUGAUGCAAUAGUGGAUGCAACACUUUUGGUGGGUUCCCAAUGUGGAAUGUUUCUCAUAGUCCUAUCUGAUUCAGGAAACUUGUACAGGUUGGAGUUGUCAAUGAAAGCCAAUGUUGGGAGCAGACCAUUGAAGGAAAUCAUUCGAGUAGAGGGCAAAAAUCAAGUCGCAAAGGGUUCCUCAUUGUAUUUUUCAUCUACUCACAAGUUGCUUUUUUUGUCGUAUCAAGAUGGAAGCACCUUGAUUGGCCGCCUAAAUGCAGAUGUAACAUCUGUAGUGGAGAGCUCUCUUGUUUAUGAGAAUGACCUGGAUGGUAAAGGACGUCCAGCGGGAUUGCAUCGUUGGAAAGAGUUGAUGGCUGGGAUUGGAUUAUUUGUUUGCUAUUCUAAUCUGAAAUCAAACAUGAUGCUUGCUGUGUCCUUGACAGAACAUGAAGUGCUUGCUCAGAAUUUGCGUCACGCUGGGGGUUCAACUUCCCCUCUUGUUGGGGUUACUGCUUAUAGACCAUUGUCAAAAGAUAAAAUACAUUGUCUUGUUUUACAUGAGGAUGGAAGUCUCCAGAUUUAUUCCCAUGUUCCUGCUGGGGUUGACACCAGUGUAAAUAUAAUGGCUGACAAGGUGAAAAAAUUAGGUCCUGGAAUUUUGAAAAAUAAAGCUUAUGGGGGUGUCAAGCCAGAAUUUCCUCUUGACUUCUUUGAGAAGACAGUUUGCAUUACCCCAGAUGUCAAAUUUAGCAGUGAUGCUAUACGGAACAAUGAUUCUGAAGGAGUUAAGCAGGCUUUAGCAUCUGAAGAUGGGUUUCUGGAGGGGCCUAACCCUUCUGGCUUCAAGAUAACAGUCUCCAAUUCAAAUCCGGAUAUUGUUAUGGUUGGUUUCCGCUUGCAUGUCGGAAACACAUCAGCAAGUCAAAUUCCCUCUGAAAUUACUAUUUUUCAGAGAGUGAUAAAAUUAGAUGAAGGAAUGCGAUCUUGGUAUGACAUACCCUUGACCGUGGCUGAAUCUCUUCUUGCUGAUGAAGAGUUCACAAUUUCUAUUGGUCGGACCUUCAGUGGAUCUGCCUUGCCCAGAAUAGAUUCAUUGGAAGUCUAUGGUCGGGCUAAGGAUGAGUUUGGUUGGAAAGAAAAGAUGGAUGCAAUUCUGGACAUGGAAGCUCGAGUGCUUGGCUGCAAUUCCUGGUCCGCAAGUUCAGCAAGAAAAACACGGACAUCACAAUCUGCUCCAGUGCAGGAGCAGGUGGUCGCUGAUGCACUCAAACUCCUAUCCAGGAUUUAUUUAUUGUGUAAACCUCCAGGAUCCUCAAAAAUUGAUGAUUUUAAAGUGGAUAUGGGCAACAUUAAAUGUACACCAGUACUCGAAGCAAUAUUUGAAAGUGACAGGGAACCUUUGCUUCAAGUUGCUGCCAGCCGUGUUCUUCAGGCUUUGUUUCCAAGAAGAGAGAUUUAUUACCAAGUGAAGGACAACAUGCGCCUUAGUGGAGUAGUGAAAUCUACUGUUAUACUUUCAUCAAAACUGGGAAUGGGGGAGCUUACUGCAGGGUGGAUUAUUGAGGAGUUUACUGCACAAAUGCGUGCUGUUUCUAAGAUUUCAUUGCAUCGUCGCUCAAAUUUGGCUAGUUUCCUUGAGGCUAAUGGUUCUGAUGUGGUUGAUGGGCUUAUGCAAGUACUGUGGGGAAUUUUGGAUUUAGAGCAGCCGGACACACAAACUAUGAACAACAUUGUCAUAUCAUCCAUAGAGCUGAUCUAUUGUUAUGCAGAGUGUCUGGCAUUACAUGGUAAAGAUGCUGGAAGGCAAUCUGUGACCCCUGCUGUUACUUUACUGAAAAAGCUUCUCUUAUGUAACAAUGAGGCUGUUCAAACUGCCAGCAGCCUGGCUAUAUCUUCUAGAUUGCUCCAGGUUCCCUUUCCAAAGCAAACCAUGCUGGGAACUGAUGAUGUGGAGAAUGCAAUAGCAGUUCCCCUACGUUCUGAUACCACAGGUGCAGGUAGUGGAAACAAUCCAAUUAUGGUAGAAGAAGAUGCCAUUACAUCAUCUGUACAAUACUGUUGUGAUGGGUGCUCAACUGUUCCUAUACUAAGACGGAGAUGGCAUUGCACUGUUUGUCCUGAUUUUGAUUUAUGUGAAGCAUGCUAUGAAGUCUUAGAUGCAGAGAGACUUCCUCCACCACAUUCUAGAGAUCAUCCAAUGACCGCAAUCCCAAUUGAAUUUGAGACCUUCAGUGGUGAUGGCCAUGAAAUUCAUCUUUCCACUGAUGAUUUAAGUGAUUCAAUGUUGCCAGUGGCUACUGAUGUUAAUGUUCAGAGUUCAGAUCCAUCAAUCCAUGAGCUGGAACCUAACGAGUCAGGGGAGUUUUCAACAUCAGUAAUUGAUCCUGUUACUAUUUCUGCAUCUAAACGAGCUGUGAACUCGUUACUUCUUUCUGAGCUACUUGAACAACUAAAAGGCUGGAUGGAGACCACCACUGGAGUGCAGGCUAUUCCAGUGAUGCAGCUCUUCCAUAGAUUGUCAUCAGCUGUUGGGGGUCCCUUUGUUGAUAGUGUAGAAGCUGAGAGCUUAAAUUUGGAGAAGCUGAUUAAGUGGUUUCUUGAUGAGAUGAAAAUUAGCCAACCAUUUGUAGCCCGCACCCGCUCAUCUUUUGGGGAAGUUUCUAUUCUUAUCUUCAUGUUUUUCACCCUUAUGCUUCGUAACUGGAACCAACCGGGCAGCGAUGUUAGUGCAUCAAAAUCUUGUGGGACAACAGAUACAUCAGAGAAAAUGACAAUCCAGACGCACUCUUCCAUGUCAUUAUCCAGUUCAUCUAUGUCGGAUGGCCAAGAAAAGGGUGACUUUACCUCUUGUCUUCAUAGAGCAUGUGGCUAUCUUAGGCAGCAAGUAUUUGUUAAUUAUCUCAUGGAUAUCCUGCAGCAGCUUGUGCAUGUCUUCAAGACUCCUGUUACUGCUGAUACUCAUGGAUUGACCCAUGGUUCUGGCUGUGGUGCAUUGUUAACCGUUAGGAGAGAGCUCCCUGCUGGUAACUUUUCACCAUUUUUCUCAGAUUCAUACUCAAAAUUGCACCGUUCAGAUCUCUUUGCCGACUAUCACAGACUGUUGUUGGAGAACACAUUUCGUUUGGUAUACUGUUUAAUUCGCCCUGAAAAGCAUGACAAAGGGGGGGAAAAAGAUAAGACUUACAAGACUUCUUCUGGAAAAGAUUUGAAACUCGAUGGAUAUCAGGAUGUUCUCUGCAGCUACAUCAACAAUUCAAAUACGACGUUUGUCCGGAGAUAUGCUAGGAGGCUGUUUCUGCAUAUAUGUGGCAGUAAGACACAUUACUACAGUGUGAGGGACUCUUGGCAGUUCUCAAGUGAAAUUAAGAAGCUCUACAAGCACAUCAAUAAGUCUGGUGGAUUUCAAUCUUCCAUCUCUUAUGAAAGGAGUGUGAAAAUAGUCAAGUGUCUCUCCACCAUUGCUGAAGUUUCUGCUGCAAGACCUAGAAACUGGCAGAAAUAUUGCUUGAGGCACAGUGAUGUCUUGCCUUUCCUCAUAAAUGGACUUUUCACCUUCGGAGAAGAAUGUGUUGUUCAAACACUGAAACUUCUAAAUUUGGUCUUCUACACAGGAAAGGAUGCCAAUCACACUUCACAGAAGGCUGAAAGUGGAGGAGAUGGAGGUAUAAGUUCAAAUAAGUUGGGGCUUCAAUCUGUUGAGUCUAAGAAAAAGAAGAAAGGUGAAGAAGGAAGUGAAUCUACUGCAGAGAAAUCUUACAUGGAUAUGGAACAGGUGUUGCAUGUCUUCACUGACCGUGGUGAUGAUUUUCUGAGGCAAUUUAUUGACACAUUUUUGUUAGAAUGGAAUUCAAGCAUUGUGCGUGCGGAAGCCAAAUGUGUCGUACUUGGUGCUUGGCACCAUGGCAAACAGCCAUUCAAGGAGACACUGUUAUCUGUGCUCUUGCAGAAGGUUAGGCAUUUACCAUUAUAUGGACAGAAUGUCAUUGAGUAUACAGAGCUUAUAACAUGCUUGCUUGGAAAAUCGCAAGAUAGCAGCUUAAAGCAGCAGAACAUUGAAAUCACAGACAAGUGUUUGACUUCUGAUGUGAUUAAAUCCAUUUUUGAGACACUCCACACACAAAACGAACUUCUGGCUAAUCAUCCUAACUCACGCAUUUACAACACCUUGAGUGGUUUGGUGGAAUUUGAUGGUUACUAUCUCGAGAGUGAGCCCUGUGUUGCCUGCAGCUCACCUGAGGUUCCUUACAGUCGCAUGAAGCUUGAAAGUCUGAAAUCUGAAACAAAGUUCACUGAUAAUCGGAUCAUUGUGAAAUGCACUGGUAGCUACACCAUUCAGAGUGUAACCAUGAAUGUGCAUGAUGCUCGAAAAUCAAAAUCAGUGAAAGUGCUGAAUCUUUAUUAUAACAACAGGCCUGUGGCGGAUUUGUCAGAGCUGAAAAAUAAUUGGCCUUUGUGGAAGAGAGCGAAGAUAUGCCAUCUUGCUUUCAAUCAGACAGAGCUGAAAGUGGACUUUCUUAUUCCAAUAACAGCAUGCAACUUUAUGAUUGAGUUGGAUUCUUUCUAUGAAAAUCUUCAAGCAUUAUCCCUUGAACCACUACAAUGUCCACGUUGUAGUCGGCCUGUUACUGACAAACAUGGAAUAUGUGGCAACUGUCAUGAGAAUGCCUAUCAAUGCAGGCAAUGCCGGAAUAUCAAUUAUGAAAAUCUUGACUCCUUUUUGUGCAAUGAGUGUGGAUACAGUAAAUAUGGUCGUUUUGAAUUUAAUUUUAUGGCCAAACCAAGUUUUACAUUUGAUAGCAUGGAAAAUGAUGAAGAUAUGAAACGAGGACUGGCUGCCAUUGAGUCUGAAUCAGAAAAUGCUCAUAAAAGAUAUCAACAGCUGUUGGGUUAUAAAAAACCGUUGCUGAAGAUAGUAUCAAGCAUUGGUGAGAAUGAGAUGGACUCUCAACAGAAUUCUCAACAGAAAGAUUCUGUGCAGCAGAUGAUGGUAUCUUUGCCUGGUCCUUCAUGCAAAAUCAAUCGUAAAAUUGCACUUCUUGGUGUACUGUAUGGUGAAAAAUGCAAGGCAGCCUUUGAUUCUGUGAGUAAAAGUGUUCAGACACUUCAAGGUCUCCGGCGUGUAUUAAUGAAUUACCUGCAUCAGAAGCAGUCUGACAAUCUUGCUGCAGCCUCUAGAUUUGUUUUGUUGAGAUCUCCCAAUAGUUGUUAUGGCUGUGCCAGUACAUUUGUGACCCAGUGCCUUGAGAUAUUACAGGUUUUAUCAAAGCAUCCAAGUUCUAAGAAGCAACUUGUUGCCUCAGGCAUUCUGCGUGAGUUGUUUGAGAACAACAUUCAUCAGGGCCCCAAAAAUGCACGUGUUCAAGCAAGGGCCGCACUUUGUGCCUUCUCUGAGGCUGAUGUGAAUGCAGUUACUGAGUUAAAUUCAUUGCUUCACAAGAAGGUUGUGUAUUGUCUCGAACAUCAUCGUUCCAUGGACAUUGCUCUUGCAACGCGAGAGGAGUUAAUGCUGCUUUCAGAUGUCUGUGCGUUGGCAGAUGAAUUCUGGGAGUCAAGAUUAAGGAUUGUCUUCCAGUUGUUAUUUAAAUCGAUCAAACUUGGAGCCAAGCAUCCUGCUAUAUCUGAGCAUGUUAUUUUACCUUGUCUGAAAAUUAUAUCUCAUGCGUGUACUCCUCCCAAGCCUGAUGGAGUGGAUAAAGAACCAGGGCAUGGAAAACCAGCUCCUGUGUCCCAUCUAAAAGAUGAAAGCAACUCAUUUGAAUCUGGGUCCAGCGGGGUGAAUGUGAAGAAGUCACAAGGAAAGAAUGGAGAUGAUUCUUUGAAGACUCAAGAUAUUCAAUUGCUGAGCUAUUCUGAGUGGGAAAAAGGUGCUUCAUAUCUUGAUUUUGUAAGGCGUCAAUACAAAGUUUCUGAGGUUGUCAGAGUUGGGCAGAAAUCUCGACCUCCGAGGUAUGACUAUUUGGCCAUGAAAUAUGGCCUCAGAUGGAAGCGGCGUUCUUUGAAGGUAGUUCCAAGCGAAAUAAAGUUAUUUGAACUUGGCUCAUGGGUUACUGAACUUAUACUGAGUCCUUGUUCUCAAUCUAUAAGAUCUGAGAUGUGCAUGUUAAUCAAUUUGCUCUGUGGUCAAAGUUUGUCAAGACGAUUUCGGUUGCUGAAUUUACUGAUGUCUUUAUUGCCUGCAACUCUUUCUGCUGGUGAAAAUGCUGCCGAGUAUUUUGAAUUGCUUUUCAGAAUGAUAGAUCCAGAGGAAGCACGCAUAUUUUUUACUGUAAGAGGAUGUUUGAGUACUAUAUGUAAGCUAAUCACAAGGGAAGUGAAUAAUGUUGAGUCAUUAGAGAGAAGCCUCCACAUUGACAUAUCACAGGGUUUUAUUCUUCAUAAGCUCAUAGAGCUUCUUGGUAAAUUUCUGGAGGUCCCCAAUAUUAGAUCAAGAUUCAUGCGUGAACAGUUGUUGUCUGAUGUUCUUGAGGCCCUCAUUGUGAUCAGGGGAUUAAUUGUACAAAAGACAAAGCUAAUAAGUGACUGUAAUAGGCUUUUGAAAGAUCUUCUUGACAGUCUUUUACUAGAGAGUGAUGAGAACAAACGGCAGUUCAUCCAGGCAUGCAUUGGUGGCUUACAAGUGGAUGCAGAUGGUAGAAAAGAACGUAGUUCUAUGUUUAUCUUGGAACAGCUAUGCAAUUUGAUCUGCCCAUCAAAACCAGAGCCUGUAUAUCUUUUAAUACUUAACAAGGCGCAUACUCAGGAGGAGUUCAUUAGGGGCUCAAUGACCAAGAAUCCUUACUCGAGUGCUGAGAUUGGCCCUCUGAUGCGUGAUGUGAAAAAUAAGAUAUGCCAUCAGUUGGACCUCCUGGGCCUCCUUGAGGAUGAUUAUGGCAUGGAGUUGUUGGUUGCAGGAAACAUUAUUUCUCUUGAUUUGAGCAUUGCUCAGGUUUAUGAGCAAGUCUGGAAGAAAUCAAAUAGUCAAUCUUCCACUCAAGUCCCUGGAACAGCAUUUUUAUCUGCUAAUGCUGCCACAUCCAACAGAACUUGCCCACCAAUGACAGUGACCUAUCGACUUCAGGGUUUGGAUGGUGAAGCUACUGAGCCCAUGAUCAAGGAGUUGGAUGAAGAUAGGGAGGAGAUUCAAGAUCCUGAGGUUGAGUUUGCAAUAACUGCUGCUGUUCGAGAAUGUGGGGGUCUGGAAAUUCUCUUAGGCAUGGUUCAGCGCCUGCGUGAUGAUCUAAAGUCGAACCAAGAGCAGUUGGUUUCUGUGUUAAAUCUGUUAAUGCUAUGUUGCAAAACAAGGGAGAAUAGAAGAGCACUCUUAAAAUCAGGAGCUUUAAGUUUGCUCCUUGAAACUGCCAGACGUGCCUUCUCUGUGGAUGCUAUGGAACCUGCUGAGGGCAUUCUGUUAAUUGUGGAGAGUCUUACCUUGGAAGCAAAUGAGAGUGAUAACAUCAGUGUUACGACAGGAGUUUCUACAGCCUCCAGCAAAGAUACUGGAAGUGGUGAACAGGCUAAGAAGAUUGUUCUCAUGUUUCUGGAGAGACUGUCUCAUCCUUCGGGGCUAUCAAGUAAACAGCAGAGAAACACAGAGAUGGUUGCCAGGAUUUUGCCGUACUUGACUUAUGGGGAACCUGCAGCCAUGGAAGUCCUUGUCCAGCAUUUUGAACCUUACUUGCAGGAUUGGAGUGAAUUUGAUAGGUUACAGAAGCAGUAUGAGGACAAUUCUAAGGAUGAAGAGAUUGCCAAACAAGCAGCGAAACAGAAAUUUGCACUGGAAAACUUUGUAAGGGUGUCGGAAUCACUAAAAACGAGCUCCUGUGGAGAAAGAUUGAAGGAUAUAAUAUUGGAGAGGGGAAUUACUAGAGUUGCUGUGAGACACUUGAAGGUAAGUUUUGCAUGCACCGGGCAGCCUGGCUAUAGAUCUACGGAAGACUGGGCAUCUGCAUUAAUGCUGCCUUCUGUCCCUCUCAUAUUGUCUAUGCUGAGGGGAUUAUCAAUGGGUCACUUAGCUACACAGCAGUGUCUGGAUGAGGAGGGUAUUUUGCCUUUGCUACAUGCUUUAGAGAGUGUGGCCGGUGAGAAUGAGAUUGGGGCAAAAGCUGAGAAUUUGUUGGACAUCCUGACCGACAAAGAAGGAAUAGAUAAUGGACCUUUAGCCGAGAAAGUUAGACAAAUACGACGUGCAACCCGCGAUGAGAUGAGGCGUCGGGCUCUGAAGAAAAGAGAGCAGUUACUUCAGGGACUUGGUAUGUGGCAAGAAUCAACUUCUGAUGGGGGUGAGCGAAUUGUUGUUACCCAGCCUGUUCUUGAAGGUUUUGAAGAUGUUGAAGAGGAGGAAGAUGGCCUAGCUUGCAUGGUUUGCAGAGAGGGUUACCGCUUAAGGCCCACUGAUUUACUGGGUGUAUACACCUACAGCAAACGGGUCAAUUUGGGUGUUGGAGGCUCUGGAAGUGCUCGUGGAGAUUGUGUAUACACAACCGUAAGCCAUUUCAACAUCAUACAUUUCCAGUGCCAUCAAGAGGCCAAGAGAGCUGAUGCUGCCCUCAGGAAUCCAAAGAAGGAAUGGGAUGGGGCUGCCCUUAGAAAUAAUGAAACCCUCUGCAAUAAUUUGUUUCCCAUCAGAGGGUCUUCUGUCCCCAUGGGACAAUAUACACGGUAUGUUGACCAGUACUGGGACUAUCUUAAUGCAUUGGGUCGCGCUGAUGGAAGCCGGUUGCGGUUAUUAACAUAUGACAUUGUUUUGAUGCUUGCUCGAUUUGCCACUGGGGCAUCAUUCAGCACAGAUUGUAGAGGUGGUGGGAAAGAAAGCAAUUCCAAAUUUUUGCCUUUCAUGAUACAGAUGGCGCGGCACCUUUUGGAUCAUGACUCUUCUCAUCGGAGUAAUCUGGCAAAAUCUAUUGCAACUUACUUGUCUUCCCCCAUGACUACUGAAUCCAAAAUUUCAAUGUCUCCUGGAGCACAGCCUCCUAGUGGAACAGAAGAAACUGUCCAAUUCAUGAUGGUGAGCUCCCUCCUUUCAGAGCCCUACGAGUCUUGGGUACAGCAUCGGCGGGGAUUCCUGCAGCGUGGAAUAUACCAUGCAUACAUGCAGCGGCAUGGCAGGAUACAGCGGAGCUCGGCGGCAGUGGCCACUGCGCCCGGCAUUUCAGGAGGUUCGGGAAGUGGAUCUGAUGACUUGCUUAAAACCAUUCAGCCAAUGCUGGUUUACACUGGGUUGAUCGAGCAGCUUCAGUCUUACUUGAAGGCUAGAAAAUCUUGGUCGGGUGUGGGUGUGGGUGUGGGGUCUGCUGCGUCGGAAGGGGACGAGGAGAGCAAGAAGGUGGAGGCUUGGGAGAUUGUGAUGAAAGAAAGGCUGUUGGAUGUGAGAGAAAUGGUGGCAUUCUCUAAGGAGCUUCUGUCGUGGCUUGAGGACAUGAACUCGGCCACUGAUUUUAUGGAGUGUUUCGACAUAAUAGGUGCUCUGGCAGACGUGCUUGGAUCUGGACACAAGACAUGCGAAGAUUUUGUCUACGCUUCAAUCAACUUGGGGAAAAGCUGAUCUGAUCGAUCAUGUACAUCUUCUACCUGCUCGUCGUGUCAUCCAUGCCUGUGCCUGUUCCUGUUCCUGUUCCAUUCCUCCUAUUAAGCUGUUUUCUGUAAUUACUUACUGUGUGGUAAUUUAUCAACUCAAUACGGACUGUAACUCGCAAAAUUUUGUUAUAUCAUCGCUUUCCGUUCUUCCAA